AUGUCCAUGAAAUCCAGCACCUCUACACCAUCAAUAAUCCUGGCCAUUUGGUGCCUCUUUUUGACUUUAGUUCAAGCCAAUUGGGAUGAAGCUACAGGUUUUGUACAUGACUAUAACGUCUCUCCAGGAUGGUUAUCCACAAAUCCACCAAAAUCUUGCUCCAAAGAUAUUCAAGUGGCUGAGUGUGCGCAUAACACGCGCAAUGUGUUCCCCGAUAUUCAAUUCAUGGCAAUAUUCACUGUUGACCAUUCCAAAGAUACCUAUCAUGGCUGCUCGUAUGGAACAUGUUGCUACUUUUCGGCCUUCCCACCGAUCGGCGAGCUUGUGUCCGACCCUACUAACUCACACAUCUUUGUUUGGCAUAAUCUUGGAGGUUUCAAAGGAUUAGGAACUAAUCCGAUUGCUAAUCCCCAGACUGGAGUUUUCGGAUGGGAAGAUGGAAAUACUGGAGAAUAUUAUGAUGGAACUCCAAACAGGGCGUCUUAUACACCAGCUCAUGAUAAGGAUUAUCCGGGAUUCAAACUUCCACCUGCAUGGCCAGAUAUCAUGCCAAUGCCAGCACAACAGAAUGCUCAACCUUCUUGUGGUAAACCAGGUGAACCAAACAAGGACCCUAAUCCUACCGGAAAACCUGGUGUUGGUGCUGCAAAUUCCAAUGGAGCUGAAUUAAAGUCAAAAAUAGUAAGUUCCAACUUGGGUCAGGCAAAAAACGUUAAUCAAAGGCGGAGUCGUAAGAUGUCUAGAUGA